UUACUAAAAAUUGAAUAUAUAUAUGGUAUAAAAACAGAAAAAAUGUCGGACGUUGGUUGCAUUUCACUAGCUGACGUGAUCGAUGGGCAAUUACGAUUUAAUCAUGAUAAUUUAGCAACAUUUUUUGAUUUGGAAAUGUUCAAAGACAAGCCGAUUUGUAUCGUUUCAAUCGCAGGAGCAAUGAAGACGGGGAAAUCUUUCAUGUUGACUUAUUUCCAACGAUAUAUAAAUUCGAGAGGGUGGGAAAACCAAAGCUGGAUUGACGAUGAUCAGAAAUUUGCAACUGAUGGAUUCCACUGGAGAUGUGGUAUAGAACCAGACACCCAAGGAAUCAAUGUUUGGGGCACACCCUACUUGGUAAAAAGAUCAGACGGCAAAGAGGUUGCUGUGGUGCUAAUGGACACCCAAGGACUAUUUGACCUCUAUACAACUAAGGAGGAUAAUGUCAAGCUCUUUACUUUGAGCGUCCUUGCAAGUUCUAUUCAGAUUUUGAAUAUAAAGGAUUUAAUUCUUAAGACAGAUUUGGAGAACCUUCAUUUCUGUGUGGAGUUUGCAAAAAUUGCUUCGAGCAAAAAGAGCACUGAACGUAUACAGCUGCAGUCACUUCUGUUGCUCAUAAGAGAUUGGAAACCUGCAAAUAGUAAACCCUAUGGGUUCAGCGGUGGUAAAUCAUAUCUUGAUGGAGUAUUGGCAGAAAAAAAAGGCAAGGCAAAGGAGCUCAAUGAAGUGCGAAAUUUUCUCCACGAAACAUUUAAAGAUCUCCAAUGUUUCUUAAUGCCGAAUCCAGGACCAAAAGCUAUAAAGAGUAAUUUUGAUGGAAGAAAUGAUGAAUUAGAUGGUGACUUUUUAGAUGAAGUUAAAAUUUUCUGUGAAAGCAUCCUUCAUCCCGACAAACUGGUGAUAAAAAUGAGCGGGAACGAGCAGAUGUCUGCCCGCAAACUUGCUUAUACACUUGCUGCUUGUGAUGAAAUAUUUUUAGGUGGUAAAUUGCCACUAGUUGAAACACUUGUUGAGACACUCGCAAAAGCACAUUACGAAUCUGCUUUUCAAGAUUGCAUUGAUCUAUAUAAGGGAAAAAUGAAGGUUCUACUAGAUGGAAGUGGGAUCCCAACAAUUGACCAAGUUGAGAAAGUGCACGAGGAAUCAUUUAAAGAGGCGAUUAAAAAGUACAAAUUAGUUGAAAAAGUCGGAUCAGAGAAAUACAGAAAACAAUUCAAAAAGUAUUUAAAGGAACAGUGCAACUGGUGGAAGGUUGAAACGAAACUGGGAGAUUCAUACCUCAGUCCAAAAGAAUUGGAGAAUCUACAUCAUGAAGUUGCAGACCCACUGGUGGAAGAUAUUUCAGUGGAAUUGCAAAACAGUGCUGCAAUUUUGCACGAUGCAUUCAUUGAAAUGAAAAAAAUAAAUGAAGAGAAUAAAAAGAAGAGGAAUAUAAAGAUAGCAAUGGGUGCAGGUGUAGGUGUCGCAGCGUGUGCAGGUGUAGUAGGUGUCGCAGCGUGUGCAGGUACCGCAGUGACUGUAGGUGUAAUUGCAGGUGCUGUUCUGGGUGUAAGUUGCAUAAUAGCUGUAGAAGUUGCAAUUGUUAAACGUGUGUGGGGUAUGGUGAUGUCCGCAACGUCAACGGAGGGAUCAAAGAUCAAAUCAAGUGAAGGAAAAACAAUGACUCAGUGA